UUUACAGUUUGUGUUGUAGGUAUAGGCUAGCUUGUGUUAGGAUUCAGGUAUCACAUUUCGUAAAUAGUCGAAUACCUGAUGAUAUGCCGAUAUAUAGGUUAUAAGCUGCUAAGUGCGACUAUUAUGGAUGGAUGUAUACAUAUAGCACAUGCGGUUAUUAUCUAUAGAUAAAAUCAAAAUUUUUUAAUUUGAAAGUGAUAUUAUCAUUGUAUAGGGUUAUUCGACCAAGUACUUAUAUGCAGACGUUUUAUGGAAAAAGAAGAACAAUGGAUCUUAUGGGCAGCGGACUAAACUGCUGACUUGACGUUGUAAAGACGGCAAUGGUGUAUACGAAAAUCAUGAAUCAGUACUGGCCUUUAUUUCACGAGACGCAUACGUGAAACACGUGGCGAAUGCAUAUAAAUUAAGCUCUAUUUCUUUCUGAAAGAUGGUGAAAAAUAGGCCAAAGUUUAGCAAUGGAAAACAACAAAAGGAUCCUUUAAUUGUUGCAAUUCAAAGAGGUAAUUUAGAAUUGGUACAGAACAUUGUUAAUAAAGCUGGCUUGAAUUUCUAUGAAACAUGGACAGAGGGAUAUGCACUACUAUGCACAGCUAUCAAAUAUCACAGAAGCCAAAUGGCAUUAUGGUUUAUAUCAAAAGGCUGCAGGAUCAACAGAGUAAACGAAGAGGACAUAUCUGAUACCCCCAUCCAUUUAGCAAUUUAUAACAAUCAAACUGACAUAGCAAAAGCAUUAAUUGAAAAAGGUGCUUGUUUGAAUGUGAAGAAUUACAGAGGGGAAACUCCAUUACAUAUAAGCUGCCAAAGAAGAAAUUUUGAUGUAACUGAAUUGUUGUUAAACGAUGAUAGUAUAGCGGAUGUACCUGAUUCUCGUUUAACUACUCCAAUGCACAUUGCAGUAGAGAUUGAAUGUUUAGAAAUUGUUGAAUUACUACUUAAGCACAAAGUGGAUGUUAACGCUUACACUGUUAAAGAUGAUUUCAAGGGAUUUACACCUUUACACAUAGCAGUAUGCAAAAGAAAUGAAAAAAUUGUUAGAAUGUUAUUAGAUAAUGGAGCCGAUGUGCAUGCCCCUGUUCAAAUUUCUAAUCUUAAUGGAUUUCAAAAUGAAAACUUAAUUGAUUUUAUUUAUUACCAAAAUUUUAUGCCUUUACAUCUAGCUUCAAAAGUUGAUGAUGGCGAUAUAAUGGAAUUACUUAUCAAUCAUGAUGCAGAUGUUGAUGCUGCUAUAAAACACAGUGAUAUUACAGCGCUUCAUAUUGCUGUUGAAAAUAAAAACAAACGAAAUGUGAUACUUCUUUCAGAGUAUAAUGCUAAUUUUAAAGCUAAAACAAAAGAAGGCAAAAAUGUUUUACACUUGGCGGUAGAAAAUGAUUGGCCUGAAUUAAUAGAAGUGCUUCUACUAAAGGGUGCAGAUAUUAAUAUUCAAACUGUUGAUGGGGAAACCCCGCUGCAUAUUGCAGUUGAAAUGGGAGAUGAGAAUAUUGUUGAGCUGUUAAUUAUAUAUGAGGCAGAUGUUAACAUCAUAAAUUUUAUGCACCAAAGUCCACUGCAUUUUGCUGCUGAAUUCAGUGUAGAUAUAACAAGAAUUCUUUUGGUACAGGGUGCCAAUGUUGAUGAAGUGGACAACAAUAAUGAAACCCCUUUGGGCAUUGCUGUAAAAUAUAAGGAUAUUGAGAUUAUUAAAGAAAUUUUACAGUACAAACCAUGCAUUCAGAACUCUUCAAAUCAGGAUGCAUUUUUGUUUGCAAUUACAAAUCCAGAUUAUUUUUAUGUGAAGGUUGUAGACUUAUUGUUGGAAUAUGGUUUUAGAAUAACUGAAAAAAUUGACAAUAUGAAUUUAUUCUGCAAUUCUAUUGCUGAAGGCCAUAUCAGGAUAGUUCACUAUCUUUUAGAGCAUGGAAUGGAUGUAUCAAAAAACCAAGAUAAUAACAGUUUAUUGCAUUAUGCUGUUAAGUGUCAAAACUAUGAUGUGGUUAAAUUACUUAUAGACUAUAACUGCAAUGUUAAUGCUGUAGAUCUGCAUGGGCAAACACCUAUCGGCUAUGCAAUUGAAUGCAAUAAUAUAAAGAUACUCAAUUUCUUGUUAAGCAGAGGUGCAAACAUUUUGAAUAUUACUUCUUCACUUUUAAAUGCCGCAAAAGAAAGUCAUAUCGUUUUACUUCAGAUUCUUCUAAAGUAUGGUGCUGAUAUUAACGUCAGUGAUGAGUUUGGUACAACAAUAUUGCAUUUUGCAGUAUGGAACAAACAUCUUGGAUUAAUUCAGAUACUUUUGAAUAAAAGUGCCAAUGUCAAUACUACUCUUACAAGUUCAGAUAAGACUUCUGCUACUGAUAAUGAUAAUGAAGAAACUGAUGAUUCGUAUUUUAAGGAGUUUAAAAAACAAGUAUUUACAUCUCCUCUCCAUAUUGCUGUUAACAAAAAAAGUAAAACUAUUUGUUCUACUCUUUUGGAACACCAUGCUAAUGUCAAUUCCAGAGAUGGAUAUGGACGGACUGCUUUGCACUUAGCUGCAGCAAUCAAGUCUACAGAACAGCAAAAUCUAGUAAAAUUGUUGAUUAGUUAUGGUGCUGAUAUUAAUGCUAUAGAUGACUUUAAAAGAUUACCUAUAUAUUAUAUCUACAAUCAAACAUGUGUUUGUAGCGUUGCAUUUCAAAAUCAGUAUGAGAUUUAUAGUGAGUGCGAAUGUGAUUUAUAUGAAGAUUAUGAUAUUAAUGAUGUCAUUGAAGUUUUUGUAAAACACAUCGCACUUUUAGCUUCAAUAAAUAAGUUUGUUCAUAUAGACAAUUUGAAAAUAAUAUCCAAGAGUGAUUUUUCAGAAAAGUUACAAAUUUCUUGUUUGCAUGAAAUUGAAAAAAUGAAAGAAGAAAAAAUUGGUGAUUGUUUAUCAGUUUAUGAUGUGUUGAUCAAAAAAUCAAAUUCAUUAGCAGCAUGUGCUCGCAAUGAAGACAUAAUCCAAACAUUUGAGUUAACAAACUAUAGAUCAAAAUUUCCAUUGUAUUACAAUGUAUUAAAAGAACAAUUUGACACAGCUCGAGCUAGAGCAUAUUGGUUGCAGUGUGCAGCCUCAGCGUUGAAUAGUCUUUUGAAAUUCAAAUUACCUGAAGUAAUAGCUGAAAAUAUUUUUGAAACUUUACUGAUAAAUGAUUUACAGAAUUUGUCAAUAGCUAGUAUUAGUUCUUCUAGUAAUCAUGCCAGUGCAAGAAAAAAGUUGAAAGUUUAUUAAUGAAACAAAUCCAUCAAUAAUCUAAGAGAUAUGAGUAGUUUUUUUGUUAUCAUCCCAAAUAAAUAUAAGUAGAUUAAAAUAAGGAUGUAACAGUAUUUUUUUACAUAUAAUAAAUUUGUUAAGAGGAUGUGUAUAUAUCCACAUAUUUUUGUUUGUAUGAUAUAUCUUUUAGAAAAAGACCAAGAACAAAGAACUACAUAAUCACAUGAAUAUUUACAGAAGUUAAAAUUUGGUGGUGAUAUCUAUAUCUUAUAGUGAUUUUUACCUCAGUCAAGAAAUAAAAUGAAAAGCAAUUUUGUGAUCAAGUAAGAUACAUUAAAAACAGUUCAGAAAUUUAUUCCUACACGAAAACUAAGUAUUAAAAUAAAUUGUCACUAACUUAAAUGUAUUACUUGAACUAGGUGAUCAAUUGUAGUAUUUAAAUCUUAUAAAUAAUAGUCAAAUGAUGAUAUCCAAUGCUAAACAACUAUUUUUGUAUGAUCUACAUCAAAUUUAUAUUGAAAUAAGUUGAACCAUAUGUAUACAGCAGAGAAUACCUUUUUACAUAACUAUUUCGUAUAACAUUCUAUUUAUAUGACAUAAUUACUUUUUAUACCACUUGAUUAUUUUUGUAUGAAAAUAUAUAUUUGUCGUAUUGUAAGAUA